UAGACUUUGAAAUGAUUGCGGGGCCGCUCGCCAGGCACCAAGGCAGACAUUAAGGCAGAAAGGUAAGGCAGCAUACUCUGCCGAUGCCUGAGGAAUACUACGCAGAUGCCCGAGGAAUAAACGAAAGUGAGGAAUUAUCAGGAAUUGGAUGAAGCUCUCCCCUUCUAGUUUGCCAUAUUUUCCUCAUUGCUGUAAGUUCCCCAUUUAUCUAUUCCAAAUCUUUCUUUCCAGAUCUCGUUCCUGGGUCUCCCUUUUUCUGCCCUGCAUUGUUUCCGAUCCUUUGCCAGGGGUGGAGCCGAGGAAAAGCCAACCGCGGGUCACCCCCACUUCUCCCUUCACUUCUCCUUGUCGCUCACCAUCUUUGCCAUUGUCCUCUCUUCCACCUUCGCAAGAAGAACCAUCCAUGUCGGCUUCGAUCCAUCAGCUACAGUUCAGGAUGCAGAUGCAACUUUUUUUCCCGACAUCAGGUCGGACCAUGCAGCACGGGAUUGCACCUGCAGGCUCUGCAGCAGCUGCGUGGGCGGAGGAAAACUCGGACAAUAAUGGUGGGUCGCGGAUCGUCAACAAUCAACAUGCCGCGGGCGCGCACCAGCCAUCCCUCCCACAUGCCAAUUUAGACACCAUCCUUGUUAGCUUGUCUCGCCAAAUCGUACCGACCUGUGAGCAUCCUGGGGCGGAUUAAUCUCCCGCAUCUCCACGCCAUUGCAUCUCGGCCACUGACUUGGGUCGAUCGCCCGCGGCCUUGGCCAAUGAACACGCCACCAGGCUCCAUGGUUCGUCUAGUCCGCCUCUAACUAUGCAG